CGGCCUCCCGCCGUCGGCGGGCGCGGAGAUGGCUUCUCCCUCUCGGCAGCCCCCGCUCGGGGCGUCGGGACUGCUGCGCGGGAGCCGGGCUCGUUCUUACGGGAGCCUCGCGCAGUCGGCCUGCUCCCCGGUGAGGGAACGACGCCUGGAGCACCAGCUGGCGCCCGGAGACACCCUGGCCGGACUGGCGCUCAAGUACGGGGUGACGAUGGAACAAAUUAAGCGUGCAAACCGCCUUUAUACUAAUGACUCCAUCUUCCUGAAGAAAACCCUCUACAUCCCCAUCCUGACAGAGCCCAGGGACCUCUUCAACGGUUUGGACUCUGAAGAAGAGAGAGAUGGAGAGCAAGAGAAACAGCCAAGGAAGGAUGAGGCUUGUCCACCCUCAGCCCAGAGGAAGAAGCUGGAGGCAGGUGCGGGACGAGCCGACGGCGAGGCGCCCCCCUCAGCUGGCCAGGAGGCCCGCACGCCUGCCCACGACCUCUCCGCCUCUGAUUUCCUUAAGAAGCUUGAUUCUCAGAUCAGCCUGUCAAAGAAGGCUGCCGCCCAGAAGCUGCAGAGAGGUGACAGUGGGGUGCCUGUGGAAGAUUCAGGUUCUCACCUGAGCUCUCCUCGGAUGCAGCAGCGUGCGGUCCUAGGUCCCGUGCCUCUGACCCGAACCUCUCGGACCCAGACACUUCGGGACCAGGAGGAUGAAAUCUUCAAACUCUGACGUCUCCAGAGCUGAUUGAGAGAAGCAAGAUGUUGAAGGAGCAACUUGAGGGGGAGAGGAACCUGAGGUGAGGCUCAGGAACUCAGCCGCCUCCCUCGCUCCUGCCUUCUUACCCGCCUCCUGCCCCUCAAGUUCCUUGGCCUGGGACAAUUUCAUUGACAUGGGGCGUGCUGAGUCUGGAGCAGCAACUUUCACAUCCCUGCUGCCUUUCCCCUCCUGGCCUCAGAGCAGGACGACAGGGGCCCUCCAGCUCCCCUCCCUCCCCGGCUCCCUACUAUGUUGUCUAAUUUAUUUGGUGCUAUACUGAAGGAAUAUUUAUUUGCUAUAUCUUACUCUUCUUCAUCCUUAGCUGAAAAAGUACAUUUUUGUAUUGCUGGGGUACGGGGAACCCAGAAAAAGAAAGCCAGUGACUGCUGGUCUCCCUCCUUUUAUGGAGGACAGGCAGCCGGCCGUCAGCCUGCUGUAGAGGACGGUCAGCUGUACCAGCCUUCACCCCAGCCGCAGAGUAAAGAAUGUGGGCUCUGUCUUGACUGACCGAUUCAUGCUCACCUUUUUGCAACUCUUACUCUAAGAAAAGACAGCAGUUAGGGGCCGGGACUCUCCGCGCGCCAGUUCACCUUCUAACCUGCCUCCUCUGUUCCGCCUCUGGUGAGGAUCAGGGAGGAAGAACAACCUGGAGUCUGAAGUCUGAAGAAAAAGACAACGUGGGGGUCUCUUUGCUAUGCCCCCCGGUCCCCAGCCUCUCUGUCUGGCCUGGCUCCACGCUGUGUAUUGAUGUGUGGCUGCAGCACUGCUCUGCACUACAAGGGUUUGAGUUUCGUGAACAAAAGUAGGCAAGGGAGCCCAGAGGGCCUGGGUCCCGUGUGGAGGUGGCGGGGGGGUGAUCUGAGUGGUUUCACGUACCGCCUCCCUCUGGUGACACGAGGUGGGUGAAGCUGGGACAUUAAACAUGGAGCCCUGUGCAUGUUUUAGUUGUUUUAUUUUCCCUGUAAUAAUCUCCCUGCAUUCUGGAGUGCAGGCUCUGCCUGGAACUGGCGGUCUAGGAUGUCUCUAAGGAACCCCUCACCCCCCUCUGUCUUUAGUGUCCCCAGAAGGGUUAGUGGGCUCUGCUCUCCUCCCCUGGCUCAUAGGG